UUUCACAACACUUCCAUAUGCUUUGAUUCGGGAUAAUUACUAGCGCCACCUGAAGGCACGUAGGGGCGCGACUGGACGCUUAUUGACGUCAACUGGUCCACAUGCUCCGCAAGCGAUGCAAUCCGUAACAGAUGUUCGCGCUCAAGGAAUGUCGGUAGUUUCACCUGUUUCGUCCGCUUACUGGCUUUGUUGUAUGUGCACUGCUUUUCUGGCUUUCCGCAGAGACGGAAGGAGCGUGGCUGGGCUCUGAGCCAAUACAGCGAGAAGCCCUGUCAUCUGCGUUCGUCGCGCCGGACGAAUGAAACGUUAUCAACGCACGUCCCCCAAUACCUUGAGUCACGCCGCUCAAGCGUCCUACGUCAGAGUACGAGCUUUCGUUUUACGAGUAGCUGACGUAGAGCAGUAAGCCGUCGUUACGGUGGGAUCUUUCGCAUUCUUAGCAGUUUUGACCUUUCCAACAAGUUGUAUCUACGCCACAAAGAAGGAUGUCCGCGGACGACUUGGAGUCCAACCCCUUUUACAAGCUGUUGCAGACGACGUAUCGAUCGAAGUACGAAGAUGCUCAAGCAAAUUGCUGGCUGGUAUGCGUACCACACGCUUCGUCGCUAAAAGGAGUGAAAAUAAACUCAAAGUUUGUUGAUGCCCACAUCUUGAGGCCAUCACCACUUUUCAAAGGGCAGUACACAUUCUCUGGAAACAAUUUGAAAAAGAGUGUUGAAGUCGAUGGAGCAGAAAUCAAAGCAGUUUCAGGUUUUCCUCAUGAGUUCACGGUGAAGAUUCUUGGUGAAGAACUUUGCUACAACAGGAAGUUCAAGCAGUACAGGGUUCUGACCAUAAGCAAGCCUUUUGAGGGUGCGUCAUCAGAUUCGGACAUGGAAACAAACGGUUCCCUUACUCCUGCAGAUUUGGAGAAAUGUCUGUCCUAUAAAGAAUCUCUGACAUACCUUCGGAGUUUGCCUGAGCUUGUGCCACUUCUCAAGGAGCUGGAUAGGAAGCUGGAGAGCUUCUGUGGCACCUACAUGAUUCUGCCUGCCUACUUGCACGACACUGCGCAGAAGCUGAAAGACAUAGUCCUCUGGGCUGUGGAUUCAUUCCAGAAGUCACAGACACCACCAAUACCAAGUUAUGGUGGGGCUUUUCAGAGGAUAUCUCUAGCUGCAGAAAGCUACAUAAUGGGAGCAGUCCAUCAGAAAGUUUUCGGUGCUGUGAAGCAGUUCUGUCGGCAGGAGGAUGCUGUGCUUGUUGAGAAGCUUAGGCAGCUUCACUCGGCUGGCUUGAGCCCCGAUCAACUCGGUGUUAGAGAAUCCUUUUGCUGCCCACUGCCUCGCUCAGUGGUGGAACUUGCUUCACUGGACUCAAAGAUGACACCUUUAGAGAAGCUCUGGUGUUUAAAGACCACUCUGAAAAUGCUAUCGGAGGAAAUUUAUGACUCUACUGCAUACAGCUGUGCUCGUCUGAAAAAUCCUAAUGAGCAACUGCACCUGACAUCUGAUGAUCUGAUUCCAAUCCUGGCCUGUUUGAUUGUCAGAUGCAAACUGUCCUAUCUGGAAAGCAACCUCUACUACAUCCAAAACUUCAGCUGGAACCUCCCAGAGAAAGACAUGCUCGGGUACACCCUGGUUACCUUCCAAGCUGCUAAGGAAUUUCUAAGGUUGCAGGACACUUCACAUCUGCAGCCAUCACAGACAGGCAUGAGGCGAGAGAUAACGCCGACAGAACUGAUGCAAGUUACUGCCAGACUUCAGAUAUCUGAAAAGAAAAAGAAAAAUGAUGGCAGCAGCAGCAGUGGAGAUGAAGUCAUAAGGACUGCGGUGACGGCACCGAAGAGUCGUCCUAUCGACAGGCAGCUAGAGCAAGCGGCCAGACUUAUCGAGGCCUCCACUUCGGAGUUCCAUCAGAGGGAAACUGAAGAGCUUCAAGAACUGUUCAAGAAUGGCGAUGAAAAUAGCAAGGCAAGCAUCGGGUAUGUGCUGCGUUCUAAUGCUGCAUUCUUAUUGCCCACACCAGGGGAACGAGCCCGUUGUGUUGACGCAAUGGCUGUGACAUUCCCCUGCCGAGCUACAUGUUUGAUUUUUGGCUGCGGCAGGCGCACUUUGGCGACAGUGAAAUGUAAAAAAAAAAAAAAAAAGCAAUCCUUAACAGAUGUAUGCCAUCCGAGCAAAUAGUACAUGAAAGACGGUGAAACUGUAGAAGCGAGUUCUCACACACUUCAUUGCAGGUACUAGGGGUCUUGUUUGCUGGCUCACGGUUUUGCUUAGUCGCAGCAGCAGCAGUUGCUGCUGUGCCUAACUCUUAUUUUGCAGUCACUCUUAUUUUGCAGCACUGAUCAUUACCUUCGAAAGCAAAUUUGGGGCCCCGCCACUUGAAAACUGUUGUGGAACUCCUCUUAACUACAGCUCUGUAACACUCUUGUGCUUAAAUUUAGGAGCAUGUUAAAGAACUCCAGCUGGUUGGAUUAAUCCAGAGCACCCUACUACGGAGUCCUUCAUAGCCCACAUGGUGAUUUAGGACCUCAGAUAAGUUGGCUUACUCUCGCGAGUAAACUGACACAUGGUCAUGCUACACUGAUCUCAGUGACUAAGGUUUGGAUGUGAGUACGAGCACGAGUCAGUGCCGGUUAAUGAGAGUGCGAGCGAAAAAUCAGUGAUGGUGAUUUUGAGCGGACGUGAGUAUGAACGGUAAGGACUGUCAGCCAGGGCGAGUGGACGUGAGUGAUGUAUGUGAGUGGCGGCUGGGGAGUGGGAGUGGAAAUAACUAUGAACAUGAGUGUGUGUUGGUGGAUAUGAGUGGGCGUUAGCAGGAACGCGAGUGAGUGCCGACAACUCUGAGUGAACACGAGUGCGAGCGACUACCAUAAGGUACAGUAUACAAUGGCACAAGUUGUGUCACUAGUGCAUUGACUAAGCUAAAAAAAAAAAAAAAAAAAGCUUGGAAAUUCAGCUUUUUCGUGGAACUCUUAUCUCAUAAAAAUUUUCGUGCCUACUAUAUAUUUCUGUUUCUUUUUUGAUCAAGAAAGCUCAGACUGCACUAAGAUAAAAAGAAAAAAAAACACUAGAAACGAGAAUAUUACAGCUGACAUGCUCAUUGACUGUUUGUGUUUUAUGUCAACUAACUCACGUGUAUUACUUCUGAUUUUGAUUUCUUGCAAAUAAAAAGGCACGCUGCAUUUUGUUUUCUUUUACUUGGUGCAUUAAUAUCUUCUAUUAUAUUAUAUUGAAAUAUAUUCAUUUGACUAGUUUUCCUUAUACAGUUGACUUCCAUUAAAGGGACCCUUAAACAAUCUUGACAAUUUUGUACGAACGUACCGAGUCAUUAGAGUAGGUCCUUCUGAUCAUUAAUUGACACAUCUAAGUGCUUCGCAUAAAGCAUCUAAUUUAUUAAAAGGUUUCAAAAUGUACAUAACUUUUGAUCGCUGUACACCACUUGGCUGAAUUUUCAGCCGCCCCUAACCAUUUGACAUAAGUCGCCCUAAUGAUGCUUGUAGGGCAAGCUAUCCGAUUGGCUGCCCAGAGCGUGUCAUCAAUAAUUUGUCCGACUUUAUCGUGAACAAAAGUUGUUCGUAAUAGCUGGAAUGUUAGUUAAUUUGUUUCUAUAGAAAGAAAGUAAUAGAAAGAGAAUGCGCAAGAAUGAUUUCUCACUACACUUAAGCACUUCCGACACACAGAAAGCAUCGUCUGCUUGUGUUUCAACAUGCCCUAUUUUGAUGAGAGCUCCACGGUCAGUGUUGGUCUGUCUUUUCGCGAGCACAAUGAUUUGCCUUUGUUACAUUGUGGGCUGUAAACGUAGCGACUGGCAGUGUGCCAAGCUGCGACAUCAUGUUCCUCUGCAAGGCAGCAGACGAGCGGAGUGGCUGCAGCGCAUCCGACUGUCGCUAUCUGAUCGGUGCCAGGAUUUGCGUGUUUGCAGCUGUCACUUUGCACUGGAGGAUUGCUGCCGCAAUAGCGUUUUGCGAGUCUGGUAUUCGGAUAAACGCAAGCGAAAGGGGACAGGGCCUGGCCGUUUGACCGUGCUGUUUAACGGGAUGAGUAGAAGCGCAAACGUGAAUGGUCUGCACGGUGCAGUCACCUGGUGGCACAGACCUCUAUCAAACACAGCAGCAUUAACGAAGCGUAUUCUUCUUUGUUGCUGGUGUAAAUUUUUUGCAGGAGUGUUUUCAUUAACAUGUUGCUUUUGUUAAUGUUUGAAAUGUUUUACACUUGGUUAGAGCAGUCUCAGCUCUUUGUUUGGCUGAUUAAGCUCUGAACCAACAGGUGGCUGAACAGUGCAGACCAAUCAGUCUGCUCAAGUUCCUUCAUCAGCUUGAGUUUAUGCUUCCACCCAUCCGUCAAAACGCCCAGCUCGCCUGUGGUUACCGGAAUACCAGACACGUUCAGCGCUGAGACAGAAUGCUCGCAAUGGACGCUGCUUCGAUAGCUCUCGUUUAGGGUCGACUGCCAAGCAUCUGAGAGGUUGGAGAGGCUUCGUGCGCUCGCUCCUAGAGAACCGGAAGUAGACGACGCACUGUGCCAUCAUGUCGCAGAGCCAGGGAAGGCGGAGCUUAGCCCUGAUCACUCGGAGAACGAGUUGAGAAAACGCAUGGCUAUGGAGGAGGGUAACCUGUAAAUGUUAGUAGCUCUCGUAAUAUGAAACACUUCACACAAAUUGUGGUGCGAAUGGUUAACUUUUGCUGUACCCUACACGUCUACAAAAUUUGUCCGAACCGUUUUAGGGGCUCUUCAAUUCAGCCUUGACAGGACCGAAAGAAUUGAUCCAAUUGUCUAGCAGGUUGAAUUAAAAGAGGAGACAGAAAAAACGUCCGAACUCACUGCUGCUUCAUUUGGCAUUAUUUACCCAACUAUGAUGCACCCACAAAUCUAAUGUGCACCCAAACUUUUUAAACCAAAAAAUGUAGCAUGUCUCUGAUUCUGGCAAUUACGAAUAAGAUGAAUCUAGCAGAGUUUACUUUCACAGAAUGGAAAUUUGUGCAUACUUAAUGUCCAUCGUUUCCAACAACUUUUUAUUCACUGUCUAUGAAACACGACACUUCACCCUCUUUGGGGGCCGUUGCAUUUGAUAUUCCACAUUUCUUGUACAACUGUUACAAUUGCAAAUGGAAUGGUGGUCCACGCCUGGGCUAACCACGACACCAUUUAGUCCUAUGAUGCAUUCACAUAUUGAGUGCCAUAGGUGUGUAAUACAACUCUGUUGCUGCUAGCAUUUCACUCAAGUAUCUUCAUCUUUUAAAUGAGUUUUCAUAAUAAAAUUUUGAAAGUGGCACAUUGUCAUCCUUAGGUUAUGCCAAAACUUUUUUUGCACCCAUCUUUUGAUGAAAGUGGCAAUGAUGCAGACUCUGAUGCUACAGUGUUGUUAAUCCCUCAAAUGUGGUUUCGGUUUAAUGUCCGUAUUUGCCUAAAAAAAAAAUGUGCCAAAGGCAGGCCGAAAAUAAUUUUCGGCAGGAGAUAAGAUGCUGUCUACACGUUCACUGUCUGUCCUUCAGUGCCACCAAAAUGGGCAGCGCAGACAUUGGGGUUGGGUGCAUGUGUGCUGACCAUUCAGGUUUGAAUUGUUUGAGGGCCAGUUUUAUGACCUAAAUAAUGUAAGAUUUAGCCCAUAUAAAUGCAAGAUCGAGCUGAUUGAAAAAUUAAGAUAGCCAGAGUCAAAUAUAUGGAAGUCUACCGUAUUGCUUGUUUUCCCACUAUGCUUCUGCAAUCCUUAGUACGCCAACUGCUCAAUUUAUACUUACCUGCCUUAUAAGGUAAUCAAUUAGGUAUUCCAGUACCAAUAAUUGACCAUUUGACAGUUACCAAACAUUUCUGCAUAUUUAUGCUGUGUUAAAGGGACACUAAAGGGAAACAUAAAUCAGUUUAGACAGAGCACUGUUCUAUCAAAACUCUAUUUUCUAUAAUUUAGGUGAAAGGUGGGUUAUUAGAAGAGUAAAUGAAGGUAACAGUUCUACUUUUUAGAUUUCGUGCCGAAAGCCCAGCACAUAGUGCGACGUCAUGGUUUUCAAAGCACUGUGUUUUAAAGUAUUGUUCGUUAUUUGGGCCGUUGUGAAUUGAAGAUUCUCAAGCCUGUCAGAGCUUGCUCUUUGGUUUUUCCAGAUUACAAUGCAAUCUAUCUUUCCCAAUGAAAAAACUAAAUAGGCCUGAGCAGACACCAUGAGAAUCAAUGAAGCAACUAUUCUUUCAUUGCCUUUAUUUUUUUUUUCUGGCCUAUUAAGCCUCCUCUGAAUAAUAAAGAGAGUGGCUUUUUAGUUUUGUAGAAGCUUAGUUUAACAUACAGCUCAAAUUAAUUUUCUUUAGUGUCCUUUACUAAACUUCAAAAGUGGCAAGCUCUGCCUAUAUAGUAAGCAGAACUGGUUGCUCUGGCCCACAGUGUUUUACAGACAUAGUUUUUUUCCUUCUCUCUUUAUGUGUGCAGGGACUUUCUUUCGGGACUUCAGGACUCGCUUGGCGUCACCUAUGGAAAGCUCUAAGAUAUAUUUCAGGUCACCACUGGCUGAACUCUGCAUUACACAUUUUUUAUUGUUUUUUUUUUACAAACUUUUUGGGUCGCAAUGCUUUCUUGGCAUAUUUACGUAUAUUGAGCUGCAGCAUUUACCUGCAAUGUGCAAACAACCCCUCAGUUAAAUGUACAAAGGAUUUUUUUUUCUUUUUACACUGAACAAUUCUACAGCUUAUUUGUUUUUAUAGAAAAUCUAUUGCCGCGACUACUGCGCCAUGCUCAGCAAUGGAUGCAGCGUAACGAAUUUUCGCAGCAUGCACGUGAACACCACUGGUCACGUGUGAUGAUGAAUGUUACGUGAAAUGGGUAUCUGCCCGCUGUGCGUUGUGACAAGAAUGUUGCCUGGAGUGGUGUGAAAUUGUGCUGUUGACCUGCUGUCCCAACCUGCAAUCUGCAGACUACGUUGACUUUGGCAUUUCAUGAAUUUACAAAGUAUACUGCUGGCAAAAAUGUUCAGCACUCAAGUGUUUUUUUUUUUGCUUUUGCAACGAGGACGCACACUCCUUAGAAAACAAGUUGGAACUGUUGAUAUGUUCCACCAUAUCAGUCGCAGCGUCACCUGCGGACUGUGGCAAAAUCUCAACAGUGUUCAUUAGGCUGGCAAAUCAAACGAGUUUUCAGUCUUAUAAGAUAAGCUGUUUCUUGGAUACAUUAAGACACUGUGAUGUUGGAAAAUUUAGUUGUUAGUAGCACUUGUGCAGACGAACGAGCCGCAUUGCGUGUUGCUUUGCAUGCUACUAUGUAAUUGAAAUGAGGGUUUAUGUUUCAAUAGGAUGCUCUGUUAGAUGCCUUUGGACAUGGUGAUGUGGUGAAUGAAAAGUCAUUACGGACACCGACAAAGUGGCGAAAUGCAUGCGCAUCAAUGUUGACAGGCUGACAUCGCAUGCCAUUUUGCAAGACAGCACGUAGUGGUACUUCUCCAUUUGCAUUUCACACUACUGUAUACUCGUCUUGUUUCGUUUUGCUAUUACAUGAACUAAUAUGACACUAGUUUCAUUUCUAUGUGGCAACAUCGUAACUGGACGGGUUGAAGUAAGAGGCUACCAUUUGCCGAGUGAAUUCGAGUGACUGGCGCAGAGUCAACAGUUUAAAGGCUGCGUCUUGCCUUGAACAUAUAUUACAAUGACGUCUAUAUAUUAUGCCUACUGUUAUAAUUGUGUGAUGUUUACAGAUGCACUUUGAAAAAUUGUGUUACUCACCAAGAAGCAAUAGCGCAUCUACAGAGUACAGAGCUGUGAUUUCGAGACCAUGAUGAAGGCUUGCUAGUGUGCGAACUUAGUGACUCACGCACAAUAUGUUCAGACUCAAAUUUUAUUGUAUAUAUACUACUACUUAUGAAUGUCUGUGAAAACAUCUUGGAUGACAUGUUAAAAAUGUAUGAUAAUGUAAUAACAUAAAAUUCACAUCACUGUAAUGAUAGCGUUAUCGCGAGUUGAUUAAUUACACACAAUUCUCGUGAAGCGUAUACUAACCUUCCUGGACACUAUUUCUAACUUUUAUUAAAUUUGGUAUUUGAAGGAUUUUUCUUCCUGUCCUAUACAUGCUAGUUACAUGACUUGAAUACUAGCAUCACAAAAGUACUAUAUCUUGAAAUGCAAAUGUGAAAAAACUGGACACUGAAUUUGAUUGUCAUGUGAUGUGCACAGUUGAACAUUAACUCUGUUAUUGUUAUUCUUGACAUGGCAGUUGCCAAUCGUAAAGCGUGUUUUGAAAAUCUAGAGGUAUGGGCAGUUGCAACAGUAGAAUGUUAUACUAAAAAAAAAAAGAAAAAGAACACCUUUGCGGAACAUGUUUUAGUUUUCCAAUGUAACUUUUUGAAGCACUUCAAGAUACAGAUUGUAACAUUGAUACUUCAUUCAUAAUGAGUGCUUGACUUGUGCUUGCAAAUGUUGGCGUUCGUGUGGCCUGUUUUGAUCCAGUGUUUCGCAGACUGCUUUCGGAAAGCUUCUGGGAAGCCUUGAGAGGGUUCAAGCAGAUGCAAAGUACUGGCUUCGUUUUAUUUCCCAAACACUGGCGCAUACUAACUAUGGGGGGAUUGGCCAAAAAGCAGGCAGUUUUCCGUAUGGUUAGAAUUAAAGCAAAACUAGAUUUGAACAGUGGAGCAUGGGACUAAGGUACUGGUCUAGAGGUGUACCACGGACACUAGCAUCGUCUUCUCCUAAAGAGCAAAGAAAGUGACCUCUCGAGGCAUUCGGAAGGACCCGUCUGGUAUAGCUACAAGUCUGAACAGUAACAAAAACCGAGUUGAAAUUAAGACUUAUCUCAUAAACCAAACUCACAGUUUUUAGUUUCUUUUCUUUAGUUGAAUCUGCCAUCUGUUGCCUCACUUCCGGAUUACAGUUUUGCCUCUCUCAUUGAUUGUGGGUGUCAUGAUAAAUGUAAACACAAAAGAAAAAAUCCCAACAGUUUCAUGCAUAACACACAUUUAGCUGUUAAUAAUGUGUUAACUCGAUGUGUGUCUUUUUGCUUAUGCUAACAUGUAAAAAUGAAAGAAAAAGAGGGAAAGAAAUUGCCUAGGGGGUCGUGUAUGAUUUGAGAACAUGUGAUGGCAUUGUGAAAGACAAGACUGAAUACCCCUGGUUAAUGUUUAAUAUGUGCCGGAUGUAGAAAUGUUGAUGAAUAACUCGCACAUAUCUUAUAGACAUGGCUGCAGUCAUGUAGCGUUUGCAACUUUUCCGAAGUGUACUGUUCAGUGUAAAAAAUAAAACAAAUUAUACUGUA